CACAAGCCAUACACUGACUUUUAGUAACAUGGAUUCACCGGAAUCUAUAAAUAAGAUCCAUACUAGAUUACGAUUCGAGUAUAAGAUUCACUCGAAUCUCAUCCAAACCCACGAUGCGAUCGAUGUCCGUAGGUAGAAUCCCACGGGAAGCCUCAGCAUGCGCAUCGAACGAACGAUACCUAUAUAUGGUGGAACGUCGUGUACUCGAUCGAACGGCGAACCUUAUUAAGACGACGAUACCAAGUCGCCAAGCUUGAUCCGUUUGUUUCUCGUGUUCUUGUUGAUGUUGUUGCGAUCUCUUGCCACCCGGGUUGGACUCCCCGGAAGAUUUAGUUUCUCCUUUUGUUCGCGGCACCCUAAUCCGGACAUGAAAACCUUCCCUGUCCUCCCCCCCUUGCUUUUGCUGAGCUGUUCGCGGGACAUCUGGAUCUGCUCGUGCAUGUCGUCGAUGAUUUCUAUGAGCGAGGAAGGGAAAUGAAUCUGAUCUUUUGCGUCGACGACCAUUUGAAUUCUGGCGGCCUUCAUCCGUCGCGUUUCUACAUAAGUUGGACUGGACUCGGCUGCGUGCUUACCAUCCGUUCGUGGAAUUGCGGAGGAGAUAACGAAGAAGACAUCGAUCGGGUUCCGCUGUGCAGGCGGCCUGGAGUGCGUGCUGAGCUUUCGUGAAGACCCUGCGCAUGGGUUCGUGCCUGUCGACUGGCGGGUGCAGUACCCCGUCGUCCGUCUCAUCGCCAACGUCGCCGAAAUGGCCCGGGUCGAGGAGGCUGCGGAGAUCCUCCGGGAGUGAGGAGCAGCUCCAUAGGAUCUCCGGGAGGUUGUUCUUGAACGGGGCCACCGACUGCGCUUCGCUCUUCACCCAGCAGGGGAAGAAGGGCAUCAAUCAGGACGCCAUGAUCGUUUGGGAGAAUUUUGGUUCUAGAAAUGAUACUGUUUUUUGUGGAGUUUUUGAUGGCCAUGGUCCACUUGGCCAUAUGGUUGCAAAGAGAGUCAGAGAUGUUCUCCCUCUAAAGCUAACCGACGAUUGGAAAUGUGGGGAAUCUAGAGAAUUCAGCGCAAGUAGUCCAGGAAACUCUGCUUCAGAACAUUCAACUGCAUCUCCCAAAGAGGAGAUUAGAGAUUCCACCAAGUUUGAAGAAAAAGACGAGCACUCUCAGAACCUCAAGAUGCUAAAAGAUUCAUUGCUGAAGGCUUUUAGAAACAUGGAUAAAGAGCUGAAACAGAAACCUGGUUUUGAUUGCUUUUCCAGUGGGUCGACAGCAGUAACUUUGAUCAAGCAGGGUCAAGAACUUGUUAUCGGACAUGUUGGAGACUCGAGAGCUGUUCUUGGUACUAGAGAUAAAAACAAUUCAUUGACCGCGGUGCAGUUGACUGUGGACCUAAAACCAAAUCUUCCAAGUGAAGCAGAAAGAAUAAGGCAGUGUAGUGGCAGAGUUUUUGCUCUUAGGACUGAGCCUGAUGUGUUACGUGUUUGGCUGCCUAAUGGUGACUCUCCGGGCUUGGCUAUGACACGAGCUUUUGGAGAUUUUUGUCUAAAGGAUUUUGGUUUGAUUUCUGUACCUGAGAUUUCGUGUAGGCGACUCACAGAUAGAGACGAGUUCAUCAUCUUGGCUUCGGACGGGGUCUGGGAUGUGCUAUCCAACAAAGAAGUGGUAGACAUUGUGGCCUCUGCUCCAGCUCGGUCCUCUGCUGCUAGUUGUCUCGUCCAGUCAGCAGUCAAGGCCUGGAGGCUUAAAUACCCAACUUCCAGAAUUGAUGACUGUGCUGUAGUAUGCCUCUUCCUCAAUGCCGAGGCAUCUAACAUUUCCUCCAUUCGAACGAGAUCAUUAAAUGCGACCAAUGCUGGCUGCUACGAGCAAGAGGCCACCAGUUCAAAAUCAUUGGCCUGUCUUAGCACAGUUUCUAGCAAUGAAACUCUACAAUACGUGAUAGGAGAAGGUCCCAACGGCAAUUGCCAGGAUCUAAGUCCAGUGGAUAUCCAUCCGACAACAACAUCGCCAUAAUGUAAUGUUUUGUUGCAGGGAACAAGCAGCCAACAAACGCCAAGAGUAAAAAAGAUUCUCGAGCUAUUGUUUUCAUGGGAAGAACAGCACCAGUUUUAUUAGUGUGUACAGAUGUUCAUUCUCUCUCUGCAAAUUUGUUUUUAGUCCCAACUUAGUAUGAGUUAAUGUAAUCCAUGUAUAUACUAUUAGUAUGAGUUAAUGUAAUCAAUGCUAUUUU